AUGGCCACCACCAACACAAAGUUUGGGCCGUCGCAGUUGACUGACGUCGUAACCGACACCUGCGAGAGAUGCAGCCAGGGCAACCCACAGGUGAACUACACCCUCUGCGUCUCAUCUCUGUCGUCGGACCCCGAGAGCAGGCAGGCGGACCUCCACGAACUCGCCAUGAUCUCAGCCAAGCUGGUGAGGUCAGGCGCGGUGGGCAUGGAGGCCAAGAUGGCGGAGCUCAGCAGGAAGGAGAGGCCAUGGUCUCCCCGGAGGUCCUGCCUGGAAGCGUGCACGGGGGUGUACCACAACUCCCUGUACGACCUCGACAGCUCCAUUGCAGCCAUCGAGGAGAGGAGGUAUGCGGACGCCAAGACAUCCAUGAGCGCCACGAUCGACGCGCCCGUCACCUGUGAGGAUGAGUUCGAGGAGCAGGGCUUGGAGCCACCCAUGAAAGCAGAGAGCAAACACCUGUUUCAACAGGCGGUCAUCACCCUCGCCAUCAUCUCCUUCUAUGAUACAUACAGUACUGCUACUACUGUGCAACUAGCUAGCUAG